CACACAUGUUAAAGGUAUCAGCAGUCUGGCCUAUGGCGAUACACGAAGACUUCUAUUCACGGCACAGUUCGACGGUUUCUGCAAGGUCUAUAACGCCCAAGCCUCGGCCUUCGACCGACCACGCGCUGUCGCAACACUGAGAGGUCACCAGAGGUCGCUCUCGAGCGUUGCCAUGCUUGAUGGUACCGACACACUCAUCACCGCAGAUCGAUCUGGGGUCGUUAAACUAUGGGAUACCCGAAUGUGGACUGAAUAUCAGACCCUCAACUCACGCACAGUGUCCAAUCUAAAGUCCCUUUUUCCUUUUGGGCCAAACCGCUUGGUACUCGUCAGUGACAAGAGAAUGCAUUUUAUGUCACUCACGGAAGAUCCCUCGGACCCGGUAACCAACGAGAUGAUGGUCACUGCAUCAUGUCAUUCGGAGCCUUCACAUAUUGUCGUGGCUAUUGCCAUCAAUUACCUCGACCGUGAAGUCCUCAUAGCCCACCCGCAUAAUGUCUGCAUUUACAGUCUGUAUGAUGGAAGUCUCGUGGAAAAAAUAACGUUUCACCAC